AUGGGACAGUGUCAGUAUGUAGUGGACAGUCUUCCAGCAUAUACACCUCAAUUGGUUGCUUUCUUGAUAGCUUUAGUGGAAUUGAUCAUUGUUCUCAUCGCUUAUAUCGCACGAGAAACUCAAAGAAAAAAGACUUUUUAUGGACGUGAAGAUUUCGAAGAUAUUCCAGAGGAAGAGAAAAUGGAACAUGAAGGAGCUAUUAUGGGAAAAAAUAACGAAGAACUUCAUAUCGUACAAUCAACAGAUCGAACAGCAGAGGUAGACGUUGGUGCGGUACCUGCAUCAAGUGCUGCUGCUGCUGCUGCUGCUGCUAGUGGUGUCAAAGUAAUGGUACGACGGAAAAAGGCUAUUUCCGAGCAAACUGAUUCGCUGACCAAAGAGGUAACUCCUGCAGAUGCAAAAAUUAUCCGUUUCACGUUGGAAAUUGAUUCAACAGCUCGAGGAUUUGAAUUUAUCUCUGUGCUUCAGAGCGCCCUUCAAGAAGUCAGUGAAUUUAAACACAUUCGAUUUAAACUAGCCGAUGAAGCCCAAGAUCGGUUAUGUGAUUUCCUAGUUCGCAAAAUGCGGUCAAUUUUGGAAGAGUCAACACAGCGUAAAUGGCUGGUGCAUGGAGUAAUCCACAAUAGAACUUGGAAAGUAAGCGGAUUAGAGAAUUUGCUAGAAAAAGGUGGUGAUAUCAGAACACAACAGAUGCUUCGUAUCACUGCGCAAGGACCAAUUGCGCCCAUUACUAUUCUUGCUUAUAUGAUUGAAAUUGACAUAAAACUGGAACAGAUGAAGAAACAAUCGACACCAUUAAUAAUCAGUAAAAAAAGAAGCAAAGUACGUGAAGAAUCUCCAACACAGUCUAUUUCAAGAACAUUUGAGAAGACACCGCAUAUCAAAGCGAAACUUUCACCUGUUACACCAAAUAUCGCGACACCUACAAAUUAUCUUACGACAUUGCAUACAAUGAGUACUAUACCAUCUGAAAAAUUGCCUACAGCGAUGGAUACUUUUGUCCAUUCACGGAGCAGCAAGAAGGAUACAGGUCAUAGUCCUACGAGUAUUAAACAGAAAAGGACGCCGUCAAUGUCAUCUAGAAAAGGUUCGGUGAGGCAAAUACGAAAAUUUUCAACUGUCAGAUACAGAACAGCAAGUGACACAGAUGCUCGUUCAAGAUUUCGCAGUCAUCGAAGUAGCGAAAAACCACCAACAGAACAUACACAAACCGAACAAUGA